UAAACAUGAUCAAACGACAAAGUUCCAAGCUUUUCAUUUCCUUCAGAAAAAUGUUCGCAAACUCAUUCGAUCAAAGGAGUUAAAUGAAUCUUGAUGUAAUUGUAAAGUAGUUUUAUUAGCAUCCAUUGAAGUAAAAAAGUAAAAAAGUUUUUCAAACUUGUUCUAAAACGCAAGAAACAGACCCAAAAGGUUCGAAUGUUAUUGAAAGGUGUGGUCAAAAUUUGUCAGCAUUGCACAUUUCAGUAUUGUACUUUUGUACAAUAAUAUACGGGUAUAAAAAAUGUAUGAUGAUAUACAUGCAUUUCCUGUUUCAGAUAGGGACAUCCUAAUUUUGGGAUAUGCAUUAUACUUCACCAGUAUCCCGGUCGUUGAAGUGUUAUAUUGGUUCAUUUUGUACCUUAUGUACAACCAAGAUGUAGUGGUGCGCAUGCACAAAGAAAUUCAAGAAAAUGUUGAAACCAAUAAACCGGUUACCAUGGCAGACCAAGAGAAGCUCCCUUACUGUCGUGCAGUUAUGUAUGAAGUCCUUCGUAUGUCUUUCACCAAGGUGAAUCUUUCGCCAACACACAUGUUCUCAGAGGACCUUACGGUCAAUGAAUACACGCUACCAAAAGGUGCUUGGCUGAUGGCGGCCUUGUGUACAGUCAACUUGGAUCCGAACAUAUUUCCAGAACCUGAAAAAUUUAAACCAGAACGAUUCAUUAACGAAAACGGCCAGUUGUUUGGAUAUGAAAAUGUUUAUUCAUCCUUUUCAAUGGGUCCCAGAGACUGUCUAGGUAAAAGUCUUGCUAAAAUGGAAAUAUUUCUUUUCCUAACAACACUGGUACGGGACUACGAUAUUGAAAACGAGGCUGGAAACCCCCUUCCGUCACUAGAAGGGACGUCUGAGGGAUUUCGCGUUGCUGUUCCCUAUCAAGUUUGCUUGAAAAAGAAGGACUAAAUUAGAUGAACAAAGGAAAAAUUGUUAAUUUUAUUAGUAUAUUGUAAGC